GAACAGUCCUCCUGUAAUGAGCAGAUUUGAGAGACACCACAGAGAUAGAGAGAGAGAGAGGGAGAGGGAAGAGAGCGAGACUAGAGCACACGGUCAGAAGAGGGGGAAUAAGAUGACAGCGGAGGGAAAGCAGAGAUAAGCAGUGAUACAUGAAAACCAAACGAGGAUCGGAAGGGGGGGACGGGCUGAAAUCAGGGCCACAAAUCCGGAUCCCUCACCCAUACACACACCCCCGCGGCAGCACGGGAUUCUGAUGUCGACCUGAAAGAGUGCAGAGGAGGAGGAAAGGUACGAGAGAAAAAGACCAGAGAAAGAGAGAGAGAGAACGAGAGAGCAAGAGUAGAAGGCUGGAGGACGGAUUUAUCUCAUCAGAUUGCUGUCUGGCUUGUUUUCAUUCGGAGACCAGGCACCAGGCAGACCUUUCUGAGCAAGCUUUUGCACGAUCACGCUUUCCUAGGCUCUAUUUUUCUUUUUUUUACUCUUCCCUCUCUCUCUCCGUCAGCAUCCGUUCGCAUCCGCAGCAUGUCAGGAUGGCAGGAGGGGGGGGUUGACUCCUGCCAGAAGAGCCGCGGUGUGUGUAGAGGCGUAUAUGCAGCCUGAGCACUGCCUGAACAAUUCUCUGGGUGGAAUUGCAGGUUUCUAGGUGGGGCCUGGAGGUUCUGAGCCCUCACGCCUGUGUGUGUUUGGAUUGGGCUGAAACCUCCGGGGCGUGCCGGUGUGUCGCCCGGAGAAGACGCAUGGCUGCCGCAGGGCCUUCCUCUGUCUCCAAGAGGCGGCCGCAGGAGACCGGCUCAGGAAUGAAUAACAAGCACCGCUCUGGGAGAAGGAUGGUGUAAGGAAGCGUGCGUUGAUCCUGCUGGGUCUCUGUCGCCCUGGAACCUUCUCCGUCUUUCUUUCUUUUAGCCUCCUUUUUCUGGAGAUUCUUCUGGUUGUUUUCUCCAACUGUUGGACGGGAGCUUUUGUUUCGCUGUCUUCCUCCUUUUCCCCCCCCUUCUGAAACCUGCCCUGCCCUCCAGGACCUGCCCCAAUACCUGGAACCCCAUCCAGAUCCUUCACGACCUCCGGCCUCUUUCUUUUGGCCUCUUUUGGUCUGUUUUUUGGAGAGUUCUCCUUGUUGUUUUCAGCAACUGUUGGACGUGAGCUUUCAUCUGGAAGUCUUCAUUCCUUUACCUGGAACCCCAUCCAGAUCCCUUAGAGAUUUCUGAUUCUUUCUUUAGGCCUAUUUUAUUUGAGGUACUUUUUUGCUUUAGCAACAGUUGAGCAGGAGCAUUUGUUUAGAUGUCCUCCUUAUUUCCUCCCCUGCCAAACCUCUAGACCUCUCACUACCACCAAUUCAACACCUGCCUUGUUUGCUUGCUACUUCCCCCUCUCUUUCCUUUAUUUUGACAGUAUUAUUUGGCUAACUAUUGUUGUUUUCUGCAACUGUUAAAUAAUAAGCUUUCAUUUUAGUUAACCACCCCCAGAGCCCCAGCCACCAACACCUGGAUUUCACUCCCUCGUCCCAAACUGGUUUCUUUCGCUGUCUCCCCCUCACUUUUCUUUUCUUUUCGUUUUGAGGUUUGAGGUAUUUGCCAAAACCUAUUUCAUGCAUGUCCACUGGGGGCAGGUUCAACUUUGAUGAUGGGGGGUCCUACUGCGGAGGGUGGGAGGAAGGCAAGGCCCAUGGCCACGGCAUCUGCACGGGCCCCAAAGGCCAGGGGGAGUACGCCGGCUCCUGGAGCCAUGGCUUUGAGGUGCUGGGCGUCUACACCUGGCCCAGUGGCAACACUUACCAAGGCACGUGGGCGCAGGGUAAGCGCCAUGGCAUCGGCCUGGAGAACAAGGGCAAGUGGGUGUACAAGGGCGAGUGGACGCAUGGAUUUAAGGGACGUUAUGGUGUCCGGGAGAGCACGGGGGCCAGCGGGAAAUACGAGGGCACCUGGAACAAUGGGCUACAGGAUGGGUACGGCACGGAGACCUACUCGGAUGGAGGGACGUACCAGGGCCAGUGGGUGGGUGGCAUGCGCCACGGUUACGGCAUACGGCAGAGCGUCCCCUACGGAAUGGCGGCCGUCAUCCGGUCACCCCUGCGCACCUCCAUAAACUCUCUGCGCUCGGAGCACAGCAAUGGCACGGCGCUGCUAGCAGGCGAGCGGGCGGGCGUGGGCCCAGGCGUAGGACCGGGCAGCUUGGUGGCCAGCCCUGCCGUCUCUCGCGGCGGCUUCGUUCUGACGGCCCACAGUGAGGCCGAGCUGCUGAAGGGGAAGAAGAACAAAGGCCUGUUCCGGCGUUCUCUCCUCAGUGGCCUUAAGUUACGCAAGUCUGAGUCCAAGAGCUCACUGGCCAGCCAGCGCAGCAAGCAAAGCUCGUUCCGCAGCGAGGCGGGCAUGAGCACGGUCAGCUCAGCCGCCUCUGACAUCAACUCCACCAUCAGUUUGGGUGAGGGAGAGAGCGAGCUGCCCGCCGGAGAGGAGGAUGUGGAUGCUACGGCCACAGAGAGCUACGCUGGCGAGUGGAAGAACGACAAGCGAACAGGCUGUGGAGUGAGCCGGCGCUCUGACGGACUCUGCUACCAGGGGGAGUGGAUGGGGAACAAGCGUCAUGGGUACGGCUGCACCACCUUCCCAGACGGCACCAAGGAAGAGGGCAAAUACAAGCAGAAUGUGCUGGUCAGUGGCAAGCGCAAACACCUCAUCCCACUGCGGGCCAGUAAGAUCCGUGAGAAGGUGGACCGGGCGGUGGAAGGGGCCGAGAAGGCAGCAGACAUCGCCAAGCAGAAGUCAGAGAUCGCUCUGUCCAGGACGGCCCAUGCACGAGGGAAGGCGGAGGCGGCCAUUGCAGCGGCACAGAAAGCUCAAGAAGAGUGCAGGCUGGCCAGAGUCGCAGCCAAAGAGUUCUCACCAUCCUUCCAGCAUCGGGGAAACGGAGUGGAGUGUCAGAGGCCGAAGCACCAGCACUCCAGCGAGAACGACGGGGAGGUCAUCUCCAGCGGGACACCUGACAGCACUGACCUCUACAUGAAGGGUUCCACUCCUCCGGACCUGACGCCUGACAUUAGCCCAGUCCCGAGUCGGCCGUCCACUCCGCCCCGAACCCCCGCCUCCAAGCCCUCGCACCGCACCAAAAACGCCCGCUUCCUGCGGCAGAGCGCAGUGGACGACGAGAGGGGCGGAACCUCGGAGAUCCAGGUGCUGCUGGAGGGACGGGGAGAGGGAAAGAGUGAGGGGCGGGGUGAAGGGCGGAGCGAGGGCCGUCCAGGUGGUGGUGGAGGAGGGGAUUACUUGAGGGCCAAUAGCUGGAGUGAGGAAAAGGACAAGCGAUCGUCGCGUGGUGGCAGCAGCAGAGGUGGCAGCAGGGGCAGCAGCCGCUCAACCACGCCGUCCGUACCAGACGCUAAUGGCCACAAGCACUCCUCCUCCAAUCACAAGCCGCGAGAGCACAGCUCAUCAAAUCACAAGAGCUCGCGGGAGAGGUGGGCGGACUGUCCGUCCGCGUCCUGGACUGCACAUCGGCACGGCGACAGCCUGGCCCACUCCCGCCUGCUGGAGCAGGACGAGGAGAAGCUCAGCAACUACGAGAUGGAGAUGAGGCCAUUGCAGCCCAUGGACUCCAACACCCAGAAGCCCUAUGGGCAGGGGGCGGAGCAUCACGGUCACUCUGAGCCCCGAUCGCACACGCUGCAGCGACGGGCCAAAACGCGGGACCGAGAGAGGGACAGAGAUAGGGAAAGAGAGAAGGAGAGAGAGACCCGGGACUCUGCGAGGUCCUCGGGGGCCCGGGACAGCCGUGAGGGGCCUAGCCCGGACUCCACCUCAGUGCAAAAGCUGGACACUCUCCGUCUGGGGGAGAAACUAGAGGCUCGGCCUCUGCGCAGGGACCUCACGCUUUCUCCCCCACAGAAAUCCUCACCCAUUGCACUAGAACACGACAACGAGAACCAGACACAGCUCAAAGCAAACUCGGGCUCCAGCUCAGUUCUGGUUGUCAUGGUGAUUUUGCUCAACAUUGGAGUCGCCAUUUUAUUUAUUCACUUUUUUAUUUAAACUAUGUUAUCCCUUAUAUAUUGGUUCCUCUUGUUUUAUCAAAGCUAUUAUUAUUAUUAUUAUUAUUAUUAUUAUUUUGAAUGGAAUUAUAGGAGCGUUAUCCGGUCCCCUGCCUGAUUUCAAACCGACGGCUACUUGGGAAGAGACCACAGACACACGCACACAGACGCGCAAAAGGACGGAGGACAGCAUCACAAACAGAACCGAGAUCCAAACCAGAUCAAAACAACCAAACUUGGGCUCAGCUGCGCCAUCUCUUCGCUUCUCCAAAGAGCCUUCAGGUGUUUUUCUUUUCCUUUUAUUCAUCUCAAGUGUAGAGCUCCAAAGCUUCCUUUCUUAUUGUCUAGUUUUACUGAUUUAUUUAAUCAUCAAUGAUAUUCCAAUUGGUGUUCAAUUUUUUUUUCUUCUUUAUUUGCCUUUUAUUUCCAGUUUCUUGAUUCCUUCUAUUCCAAUGGCUUUAUCUUUUGUUCUGGUUCAUUUGGUUGGGUAGUGGACUCAAACGGACCUCGGUGGCGGGAGGUUGAGGGUGUGUGAGGUGGCACAAAGUGCGAAGGGUGUGUGUGAGGUUUUCUCCAUCGAUACGUUGUGGGUGGUGAGCGUACCGCGUAGCCAUGAUGUCAAAAGGAUGGGAAACGGCCCCCUGUCUUACCCCACCAACCCUCCAUACCAUACCAUUCCUCAGCAGAUCUACACACUCCUUCACUCACACACAAAACUCCCUCACCAUCUUUCCCUCUGCAUCACACACCCUACUUUCACCAUCUAUGUCCAACUGCUGGUUGAAGGCCCCAUCAGGAACUGCUGAAGCUGCAGACACAAAGGAGGUGCUAGUGGUACUCAGCAUUAGCAUUAUACAAAGUUUUAUUACAUUAUCAUUUUAUUAUGACUAUGUUUUUAAGGUCAUAACUUCCUACCCAAUGCAAGUUUAUUGUAUAGAAAGAGAGAUUUUAGCUCUGAUUUGGGCAUCAAAUCUUAUCCUUUUAAUGAAAAAUUAAGGAUUGAAAUUCUGUAAACAUGGCUAUUUUCUAAACAUAAAAAUAAAUACUCUACAAACAGAUAAGUAGUACUACAAACAAACAACAUAUUAAAGAUUAUUAGCUCAGAAAUCUCUGAGAUUAGGGGGGAUUCUGAAGGGUUUUAGUACAACUGUAGUAAUACUUUUAGCAAUACUAUAUAAUAAGGUGUUUGUGACACCUUCCAAAAUUAUCUUGCAAAAUUAAGCAAAUAAUUUACUUAAAAUAGAACCUGUCAUAACGUGUUAAAGCAAGAGGUGACAACAUACACGUUUAUAACUCAACUCUGCCUCCUAUUGGAUGAACUUUCUGCAGAUAAACCUGAGCAGUGAUAAGGGAUAAUGAUCAGAUUGUUGAUAGUCAGUGGCUGUGUUUACGUGCAAACUUGAUUGAAUCCUUUCUGAUUAUAGAUUAAGACUGAGGUAUCUAUAUGCAUAUUCUAUGCAAACAACCUGAGGAAAAUCUCCAUUUAUGAAUUAUUAAACACAAUUCAGGAAUUACUUUAAAAUUAUGAUGACUAGGGGGAAUGUUCUAUAUAUUCCCCUUUUAAAGAAGAAGUGGAGAGGAAGCAGUCAUGUUCUGCAAUGUUCGUAGUCACAUUAGGUGAAUGCAAGUCCCAAACUGACAACAAGAAACUUCUGAAUCUCUGAAAGUGCACAGUAAAGAUGGAAUGGGAGAGGAAGAGAGUCAUACUGAAGGAAUUCACUGAUUUCAAGGCAGUCAUUCAUAAUAUUAUUAGUUCCAGGUGUUUAAAUUGCUAUUAUAUUAAAAUGAUUACCAACCCUAUUUGACUGGAUAAAAAUUGUAUUUGGAAUUGCCUUUAUUUUAACUGAGGAGUAUACAGUUCAUGGGCAUAUUCUAGUCUUUUACACUGUUAGUCAGAUUUUUACCGCACAAUCUGGCUGUGUGUAAACAUGGCUACUGACUGUGUAGUUGUGUAGCACAGUGAGUGGGGAAAAUACAAAAACAUAAGCGCAUGUAGUAUAUUUAAAAUGUAUUAAAAACACAAUUUAUAAAAUUCAUUAUUACAAUACAAUACUUAAAAUAAAAUACAAUACUUUAUGCCCUUGUGUUGUACUGCACAGCUGGUAUUGGUUUGUCCAACUAUGUAAAAAAAAAAGUGUGCUGUUGGUUAAAAAUGUACCAUAAAAAAGCACCUUACUAGACCCUUUAUUAAUUUUUACUCAAUUAAAUAAUCCUUAAAUCUGCAACGUAUGUGCUGACCCUGCAUGCAAUUGUCUGUUACAGUUUUAUAGUUAGAAACUUUGAUUGAAAAGUGCUUACAAACAUAUAAGUUUUAAUUUACAGCACAAAUAAAGUAGCCUUAACCCACAUUCAAGAUUCUGCCUAAUGUUAAUUGGAAAAAGCUUUUGAAAAUGGUAGUCCUGGUGCCAGCUGCUACCUUUUCUGAAAUUUCUUUUUUAGAACAGUCAGUGACUCUUUUUUGACUCUUAAAAGUUGUAAUAUUGUAUUUGAACCACUUUAGACUUUAUUUAAGAGUCUAACCAACCCACCUGCAGUGGUUCCUCAUUGGGCCUUCACUUUGCUCACCUUUAUGUCUCUACCUCUCCAUGAUACUCCUCCCUGCAUCAAGUCUACGGUGUCAUGGCAGAUCUUGUAUCUUUGGCUGUGUCUUUAAACCUCUGGAGGUCUGAUCUGUCCUGUUGACACUCAGCCUGUGCAUAAAUUCACCACAGUGAAGGUCUGCAGCCAGCGCUUCAGCUUCUGCAGGAGCUGAAACAGUUCCAUCAUUAACCUUCAUCAGAAACACUGUCCAGUCCAGCAGUUCCAGUUCAGCACUACUCAUCCUGCUCCUCUCUUUACACACACAUGUAUGAGAUGAUAUGGGUUUUGGUCAUAUGGAUGCACAUAUGACGCUUUCAGUUUGGACAGGCUGCACUGUUUAAACACUGUCUGGAUGUUGUACGAGGGCUAAAACACACAACGCUCUGGAAGUCCACACUCAUUUUACUGUAGAUCCCACUGUAAGGUCCCAAAAGCCCCCAGCUUUACUGCGGUAAUGGCAAACGUUGCUGCCCACCUCACUUCACCCCGCACACCUGAGGAAGCUGGCGUUCUCAACCAGAAGUUUAGAGACUGUUAACGUUUUUUCCAACUGCUGCUUUCAAAUGAAAUAUUUAUCGAUAAAUAAAAAAAGAGGGAAAAAAUAGAAAAAAAGAGAUUUUUUAGCUAUUUGCAAGAGAUCUGGAAAGAAAAAAAAAACGCCAACUGCCUUGUUUUUUAAAAAGACAAAUUUGCAUGCUCACGUAUGUUUUAGUUUUGUAUAGAUAACUUCUAAGAAAAAUAGGGAUAUAAACUCUUCUAGUUUUGGAAGCAGUAUAUAGGGUUGCGAUUUUGAUUUAUUCUAUUUAUCUACUUAUUGAUUUGAUCAAUUAUUAUUUCUUGAAUUAUUUCAUUGUUAAUUCUCCUCUUUAAUCCCCAAACAAAACAAGCAACAGGCUGUAUUAUUUCCCGGGCUGUUUAUCAUGAUGCUCUGCGUACGAAUGGGCAGAGCAUCACCCAGCAGACCGGACAGUAAAAUGGCCGUUAAAAAAAAAGAAAAAAAAACUGCAAUGGAAAUGGUCACUCCAUAGGAUUGAAUAUAUCCAAGGUGGAACCGUUUUAAACAAAGAAACUAAAGAAAUUAGUGACAUUUUCUUUAUUUUUUUUCUAGCUGGCUUACUGAACUCAAAGACUCUGAGAUGUUUUUAUAGCAUGUGUGUAUGGGGCCUGUACCUACUUUCCGCCUGCUCCUGUCAAUGAUCGCUCACAGUCUGUGCUCUCUCUCUCUUUCUUUCCCUCUCUCUUCUCUCUUUCUAUUUCCUGUCCCACCAUAUCUCUCCGUUUCUCUAUCCAGCCAAAAAAAAUUAAAAGAGGAAAAAAUGUACAAACAAUUAAAACACACACUGAAGGAAAGGAACGGAAGACAGAGGUUAGAGGUCAAACGUGUGAAGAUCUGGAUCUAGUUCUAGUUCUUCAUCCACCACGUUUGUCCACCUCGUUUCCGAUUUCUGGGUUUCUGCUCUGGAGAACAUCCAUCGCCACACACACGAACAGGCGCAGACACUGUGUUCUGUAUCCGGUGUGUGUGUGGCGGAGAUGUGUGUGCAGGGGAAGCAAGACAGACAAAGCAAGCGAAGCAAGCAGGGGACGUAAUCUGCCCGCUCCGGUGGCUACUCUACCGCUCUCUACCGUCUGGACGUACCCCAUCACCCUGUGAGGCCAUCGCAUGCCCGAGCAUGCCAAGUUCUUUUUUCUCUCUUUCUCUCCUUCUCUGAUUCAGUUCUUUACUUUUCUUGGGGGUUUGUUUGUUUUUGAGUUAUGUGGAGAACAUAAUGAAAGUGUUUGAAAGUAA